AUGGAUUUGGUGGACAUGCCUUCUUCUGGAAAUCGGUUCACAUGGUAUAGCGGGGAUGGUAAUUCUAUGAGUAAGAUCCAUCGUUUCUUGGUGGUAGAUGUUAUUAUUGAUAGGUGGGGAGUGGUUGGUCAAACCAUUGGUAAGAGAUUCAUUUCAGAUUAUUGUCUGAUUUGGUUGAAGUUGUGUUCAUUCGAUUGGGGACGUAAACCAUUUAAAACCAACGAUAGUUAG